GUUUUACCGGCCAGCUCGCCAAGCAACCGACCAAGCGCGAGACCUGCGUCGAACAAUUUCACAUUUGCACGCCGUCGCCCACGCGCUCACACCGUCGAUGUACGCGCAGGUACUACUCCGCACUAAUUAGUGCGUCGUGCAAAUCUCAAAAUACCUACGCCUCCACUGCCUACACGCGCGUGCCGUGAGCGGGCCGAGUCACCGCAAGUCUACAAUGCCUACAGGCGACCGCACUAAUUACAACGAUCCGGAGCAUGAUAAGAAGCUGCGCGAACUUGGUAAGGGCGGCCUCACGCGCACUCCGGGGUGUGCUUAUCCGAGCAAGGAGCAACCACCGCUACCGUACGUCCAUGAUGAAAAUGGCAGCGAGAUCACGGUGGGCGACUGGGUGCGGAUCGAAGACGAAGUCUAUAAAGUUCGCGCGGUGGACGUGAGCGCGAUGAAGGUCGAUAUUGGUAAUUAUGACAUGGAACUGGCCACGGACUGUGUCGGCGUCGUCCGAAGCAUUGAUGAGCUGGCUGAGGACGGCGUGAUCCCAGAAGGCGCGAAACGCGGGGGCAAACAUUAUCAUCAAUACGAAAGAAAAUUCUACGACGCGCAGCAUAAGCCUCUUGCUACUCACCCCGACUACCGCUUUUCUAGUAAAGUAGUGCGCUCACGGCGCGACUCGGUCCGCAAGAAGGAUGCAGCGCGGAAACGGGAUGCACGCGCGCGACAGAAGGACGAGGACGACGAGGUGGCGCCACGCGUGCUCGACGGCAGUGGGCAAAUGGCCUGGCGUAAGGAUGCUCGCUUGGGCGCCCGAAAGGUCGCCGCCGCCCUCAAAACAUGCCCUUGCGGCUCGGGUCUUGACAGCGAGUGGUGCAACAAGUGUGACCUGCCCGAUUCGGGCAAGUCGUGGCAAAAGUUCAGCGUCGCGACGCCGCUCUACGGCGGGACGUCGGAUGACUCCCACAAGGAGCUGACGGGUAUGUCGCGCGAGGACUUCGCGAAGUACUUGGAGGCGUGCAUGCAUCCGGCGCCGCCCGACGUCAAAGCUGAGCUGCUCGGCGCGAAGCGCAUGCUCUUCGGCGUGCCCGUGGGUUCGAUGGAGCGCGAGCACGUGUGCCCGAAGUCGGCUUAUGUGCGCUCCCUUGGAAGGAGACAGGUGAUCGGCUUCGAGGCCGACGGCACGACGCCGAACGCCGCCGCGAGGGGCGCCUACCGAUUUUGCGAGUUCCAGUGGAUGUACUGGCGGCAAAAUGAGCGGAAGGGACGGGGCUUUAGCGACGAUCUACGGCUCCUCUACGAGGAGCGUCUGUUGUGCUGCAUGUCUCAGCGGUCGUUGGCCUUAUACAAGGUCGACCGGCUCGACCCUCAGGUCAAGUUUUACAGCAUCGGCACGAUCGUCAGCAAGCUCAAGGCCUGGGGCGAGGCGCGGGCCGAGAAGCUCGAGUCCGAGGUGUUUGUCCCGAUCGGCGCUCCCGUCAACUGGCUCGCGGAGGCCCGCGUCGGGAUGGCGGAGGACGACCGCGAGAUCAAGGCGUGGCGGCGCGGUCGCGGCGAGGACGUCGAGGACGAGGACGAGGAAGAAGCGGCGGUCAACGAGCACGACCGCCAGCGCGUGGCGCGCGAGCGGGCGGCACGCGGUGUGGAAAUCAAAUUGACGGCGCCCCACGCCAUCGACGCGAUGUAAGAUGACACGUAUCCACACAG